AUGCGUGGGUACGGCUUGAUUUCCUUGUUGCCAGUGGCUGCAGCCAUUUGGGCACCAGCGAUACAUCAACCGGUGACUGUUGAUAAACGACAGUUGCCCAAAGACCCUACCGGAGUGAAGACUAUCCAUACCGCCAACAAUGUUACGAUUCGCUACAAGGAACCUGGAAAGGAGGGCGUUUGCGAGACCACGCCUGGGGUCAAAUCAUACUCUGGCUACGUUGACAUUUCGCCAGAGUCUCAUACCUUCUUCUGGUUUUUCGAAGCACGUCAUGACCCCAAAAAUGCCCCCAUUACUCUCUGGCUGAACGGUGGUCCUGGAAGUGAUUCUUUAAUUGGGUUGUUUGAAGAAUUGGGGCCUUGCAGGAUCAAUUCAACAUUGGACUCCACUAUCAAUCCCCACUCGUGGACUGAAGUUUCGAAUGUGCUGUUCCUGUCUCAGCCUCUGGGAUUUUCCUACAGCGAGGCAGAACCCGGCUCGCUGAAUCCUUUCACUGGUGUUUUUGAAAAUGCAUCUUCGGCCGGCAUUCAAGGCCGAUAUCCCGUCAUUGACGCUACCCUAAUUGACACUACCGAUCUUGCUGCUCACGCCGCUUGGGAGAUUCUUCAAGGCUUCAUGGGUGGUCUACCGCAGUUGGAUCACAGAAUCAAGUCGAAAGAUUUCAGUCUGUGGACCGAAAGUUAUGGAGGCCACUAUGGCCCAGCGUUCUUCAAUUACUUCCAUGAGCAAAAUGAGAAAAUCGCCAAUGGUACCGUGGAAGGAAUUCACCUCAACUUUAACUCCCUCGGUAUUAUCAACGGUAUCAUCGACGAGGGCAUUCAGGCAAGCUACUACCCGGAGUUUGCAGUGAACAAUACCUACGGUAUCAAACUCGUCAAUGAUACCGUGUACAACUACAUGAAAUUCGCAAACCAGAUGCCAAAUGGCUGUCAAGACCAAAUCGGAUAUUGCAAGCAGACAAACCGUACAUCUUUGGCAGAUUACGCGAUCUGCAGCGAGGCCACGAACAUGUGCCGAGACAAUGUCGAGGGGCCAUACUAUGCAUUUGGUAACCGUGGCGUAUAUGACAUCCGGCACCCGUCCAAGGAUCCUACCCCGGAAUCGUACUACGUCGACUACCUCAAGAAAGACUGGGUCAUGAACGCCAUCGGAGUGAACAUCAAUUACACCCAGUCAAACAAUGAUGUUUACUACGCCUUCCAGCAGACGGGCGACUUCGUCUGGCCCAAUUUCCUCGAAGACCUGGAGGAGAUCCUCAAGCUGCCCGUGCGCGUGUCGCUCAUCUACGGUGACGCCGACUACAUCUGCAACUGGUUCGGUGGCGAGGCCGUCUCCCUCGCCGUGAACUACACCCAUACUGAGCAGUUCCGCGCCGCCGGGUACACCCCGAUGGUGGUUGAUGGGGUCGAGUAUGGCGAAACUCGCGAGUACGGCAACUUCUCGUUCACCCGCGUGUACCAGGCCGGCCACGAGGUCCCCUACUACCAGCCUGUCGCGUCGCUGCAGCUCUUCAACCGCACUCUCUUCGGCUGGGACAUUGCCAAGGGCACUACCAAGAUUGGUCCCGAUUACAGCACCAGCGGCAAGGCCAAGGCGACGCAUACGGAGUCUUCCGUGCCCUUGCCUACCGCGACACCUAGCACCAGUGUCCACUGA